AUGUCGCCUCUGAACACUCCCGUGAAAGCCGGGUAAUAUUAAGUAGCAUCUACGAGUAGCACUAGCCCCAACCCACCGCGCCACCAUUUACCAGCCGUGACUGCUUUCCCAGAGGUGGCACCGCACUCGGAGCCACUCAAAGAACUCAAGUCAAUCAGCUACUCCAGGAUAGCAAUCACGAACUUUCAUCAACGACCCCCUAACAAACAGCAAAGAGUACGUGUAUCCCAGAAACCCUGUCAGAGUACCGCGAGCUAACAAAUCAAGCAGUGCAGAUGUGAGUGUUUUACGAGAAAACUAGAUCCAUCCCCGCAAGAAAUUAGUGGAAGACUAACCGCGGGACAAAUUGCACAGCUUCGUCAAGACUUUGACCGGCAAGACCAUUACCCUGGAGGUCGAAUCCUCGGAUACUAUCGACAAUGUCAAGAGCAAGAUCCGUAUGUUUCCCGUCUCCUAGAUGUUUUAGUGGAGGAAGGGAGGAGGUUAAGAAUGUGUGCGGAAAUAUAGAGGACAAGGAGGGAAUUCCCCCGGACCAGCAGCGUUUGAUCUUUGCCGGAAAGCAGCUUGAGGAUGGAAGGACCCUUUCAGACUACAACAUCCAAAAGGUGCACAUCUCCGGCCUUUUUAGUGGUGGCAGUCGGCUGAUGUGAUUCGAGUGUUUCAGGAGUCUACUCUCCACUUGGUCCUCCGUCUCCGUGGUGGAAUCAUAGAGCCUUCCCUUAAGGCCCUCGCCUCGAAGUACAACUGUGAGAAGAUGAUUUGCCGCAAGUGCUACGUAUGCAUCACCAGCGCUAAAGAUCAUAACCAGUGAAGCAUGCUGACUUGUAUUAGGCCCGUCUGCCACCCCGAGCCACCAAUUGCCGCAAAAAGAAGUGCGGACACACCAACCAGCUCCGCCCCAAAAAGAAGCUCAAAUAAACGUUCCCCCCCGGGCCAAAAAUGCGGUGUUUUUCUUUUUCUCUUAUGGGUUUCGGAGGCUAUAUUUCAGUCUUCCCUCUGCCACUUCCAUAUAAAUGAUGACGGUGGUAGGGUCUGGGGAUGUUACGGGUCGGGGGAUAUUCGGAACCUCCGUAGUGCGUUUGGCUUGUUUUCUUGUAGACUCGGAGGGAAGUGAGUUCAUGAG